AUGACCCCCUGUCGCCCCGGCCGUGGUGGAGACAGACGCUCGCCGGCAGCCGGGAGCCGGGCGCAGGGCGGGGGCCCGCUGCGACUGCAGCGCUCGCCUCCCACCCCUCCACCUCCAAGCCAUGUGCGGCACUCAGGCCUGCGGGGAGCCGAGGGAGAUGGAGCGCCUGGACGGGGGGAGCCGGGCGAGGCGUGGGAGCCUCCCGGGCAGGUGUCCCGGGCCGCCGUGCCCGGAAAUGCGGUCUCUGCCUCGGGCGGCCCUCCCGAGGAGCGUCCGGACUUGACACACAGACCUCGGGCUGGGGGAGGCUUGCAAGAGGUCCAGCUUCCAGUCCUCACCGUGGCACCCCCCCCACACACACACCCCCUGCCGAUCUCUGGCUCCCCCUCCACACUCUGCAUCACUGCUGGAACACUCACGUUGGGGGGGUCUCCUGCUCCACGCACCUGCAACCACAGCUACAGCGGAAUGGGUAAUAUGCUUCUCGAAGUUGUGUUUGCUAAUAAGGAGCCUUGCAGCCAGACGCCAGGCUGGGCUGGCAGCCGUGGAAGACGAGGAGUUCGUGGAAGGGGGCGGGCCAGGGAAAAGGGCUGUCUGCAAAUGCAGUUCAACGCCGCUGCCUCCGAAGCAGAGUCGGGUGGGGGAGAACCCAAUUAGGUAGCACAGCACUUUGGUUUGG